AUGGCUGGCGUCCUCUUCGAAGAUAUAUUCGAUGUCAAAGAUAUCGAUCCUGAUGGCAAGAAAUUUCAUCGCGUGUCAAGAUUAAUUUGCGAUAGUGAAAGCUUUAAAAUGGAGCUCAUCUUGGAUAUUAACUCCCAAUUAUAUCCUGUUGAAGACGGUGAUAAGUUUAGACUAAUGUUAGCAUCAACACUACGAGAGGAUGGCAUUGCUGAUGAUGGCGAAUAUAACCCCCUUGGUGUUAACGGCUCGAAUAAAGCCGAUAAUUUUGAAUACGUAAUGUACGGUAAAAUCUAUCGAUUAGAAGGUGAUGAAGACUCAGCCAAAAUAGCUGUCUAUAUAUCUUAUGGAGGUUUACUGAUGAGAUUGCAAGGAGACCCUAACAACUUACAAGGAUUCUCUGUAGAUAAUCAUGUUUAUUUACUUAUCAAGAAAUUAUCUUAUUAA